AUGACCGCCGCCGAAGCAAAGCAGUUCACCACCAUACCUCCGCCGCCCGAUGAUCAUCCCACCGUCGACGUUGCAUUUGACCGGAGUAAUUGUUCAGGUAGAACAACAGUCUCUCCGACAUCAGUGAUCGCAUUCGAAAAUGUCGCUCGUGAGAGCGAGAGCAACGGUGUUUCCGAGUCAUCAUCAUGCGAAUUGAGUAGCAAACAUUCGUGCAACUCUUCAAUCAUGAGAAAUUCAAACGAUGAAAAAGAGAGUUUCGAUUUCAACGAUUCAGCGUUGAGUUCAGAUUACGCAUCAUCUCGUGUUUCUUUCUCGAAAAACAACAACGAACCUAUUUCAUCAUUCAACGUGGAUUCUGAUUCUGAAAACUCUGUAAACGAUGACUGCAAACCGGUGGAGCCGGUUAAGAGAGAAUCCGUUAAAGGGAAGAAAGGUUCGUGUUACCGGUGUUUGAAAGGUAACAGGUUAACGGAGAAAGAAGCGUGUCUUGUUUGUGAUGCUAAGUACUGCGGGAAUUGUGUGCUUAGAGCUGUGGGAUCAAUGCCAGAAGGAAGAAAAUGUGUUGGUUGUAUCGGGUAUCCGAUUAACGAGUCGAGAAGAGGUAGUUUGGGAAGAUGUUCUCGGUUGCUUAAACGAUUGCUUAAUCGAUUGGAGGUUAGACAAGUAAUGAAGGCUGAAAGAUUUUGUGAAGUGAAUCAGCUUCCUCCUAAUUGUGUUUCUGUUAAUGGAAAUCCUCUUUCAUUUGAGGAACUAGUUACACUGCAAAAUUGUUCUAACCCUCCUAAGAAGUUAAAGCCUGGGAACUAUUGGUAUGAUAAAGUAUCUGGUUUUUGGGGGAAGGAAGGACAGAAGCCUUGCAGUAUUAUUAGUCCACAUUUGAAUGUUGGAGGACCCAUCAAACAGGAUGCUAGCAAUGGAAACACGCAGGUUUUCAUCAAUGGUCGGGAAAUAACGAAAGUAGAACUUCGGAUGUUGCAGUUGGCGGGAGUUCAGUGUGCUGGUAACCCACAUUUUUGGGUCAAUGAAGAUGGUUCAUACCAAGAAGAGGGACAAAAAAAUACCAGAGGGUAUAUAUGGGGAAAGGCUGGAAUGAAGCUUGUAUGUGCCUUCCUUUCCCUGCCAGUUCCUUCUCGAUAUUCAACUUCAUGUGGGUUUCUAUCCUCCAAUGUGGUUGCUAGAACGGUUCCUGAUUACGCCGAUCAUGGAGUAGUUCACAAGCUCCUGUUAGUUGGUUAUAGUGGUUCUGGGACAAGCACUAUUUUUAAGCAGGCCAAGAUUCUUUACAAAAGCACCCCAUUCUCAGAAGAUGAACGUGGAAGUAUAAAGUUGACCAUUCAGACCAAUGUCUAUGCCUAUCUUGGCAUACUCCUCGAGGGCCGUGAGCGUUUUGAAGAAGAAAGUCUGGGGAAUUUAAAGAAAAAUCAAUCUUUACUUUAUACUACAGGAACCAGUCCGAAACAUGGCGACAAGACAGUUUAUUCCAUUGGCACAAGACUGAAAGCAUUCUCUGAUUGGCUGCUGAAAACAAUGGCUUCGGGCAAGCUUGAAGCUAUCUUUCCAGCCGCUACUCGUGAAUAUACUCCACUGAUUGAGGAGUUAUGGAAUGAUUCAGCCAUUAAGGCUACCUAUGAAAAAAGAAAUGAAAUCGAAAUGCUACCCAGUGUUGCCAGUUAUUUCUUAGAGCGGGCUGUUCAGAUACUAAGGACUGAUUAUGAACCCUCGGAUUUAGAUAUCCUUUAUGCUGAAGGAGUUACUUCAUCCAAUGGACUGGCUAGUGUAGAGUUUUCAUUUCCUCAAUCAGCUCCUGUGGAAACUGGCGACACUGAUGAUCUUCUUGAUUCUUUGACUAGGUAUGAGCUAAUUACAAUACAUGCAAGAGGGCUAGGAGAUAAUUGCAAGUGGCUAGAAAUGUUUGAGGAUGUUGGAUUGGUCAUCUUCUGUGUUUCCUUGAGCGACUAUAAUCAGUUUUCCACAGACGGAAACGGUUGUCUCACAAACAAGAUGAUAUUGAGCAGGAAACUUUUCGAAACCAUUGUUACUCACCCAACUUUUGAGCAAAUGGACUUCCUGUUGAUAUUAAACAAAAUGGACGAGUUUGAGGAGAAAAUAGAACAUAUUCCACUGACUCAGUGUGACUGGUUCUCUGAUUUUCAUCCAGUAAUUAGCCAUAAUCGCCCUGGCAGCAACAACAGCAACAUUAACAAUAAUCCGUCCCUAAGUCAGCUUGCUUCCCAUUACAUAGCAAUUAAGUUUAAGAGGCUUUAUUCAUCUCUUACAGGACAAAACUUGUAUGUGUCCUUGGUGAAGGGGCUGGAACCUGAUAGUGUUGACGCAUCACUUAAAUAUGGAAAGGAGAUUUUAAAGUGGAACGAGGAGAAACCAAACUUUAGCUUAAGUGAUGACUCGAUGCAUAGCAUCGAGGGAAGUUCAUUCUCUCAUUAA